GAAAUUAUUUGUUUGAAUUGUUACUCUUCUAUCUUGUGUAAUUGUUGGCAUUCUUUUCUGAGUACAUGAUUGUAUAUUAUCCAGUGAAACAUAUAACCAGUAGUUCCGUGUUCGUGACUGCUCCGGCUAUUCCUAACAGUCUAUCGUAGGUAUAGCAGUGCAGUGCCUUUGAAUCCAGUGAGCAAAUACCAAAAUGGAAGCUGAACAAGAGGAGGAGCUAGAAGUUCUUCGCUCUAUUUACGAAGCUGAUCCUUGCUUCAAAGAAGUGUCAACGACCAAAUUUACUUACAAGGUGUCUUACAGCGAUGAUGCAGAAGACAUAUCCAAGUCGUUUGUGCUGGAAGUUGAAUGGCCGGCGGAAUACCCUGAAGCUGUCCCAGUAUGUUCGCUGAACUCUUUCUUCAAUAAUCACCUCUCAGCCAAGACCAAGGAGAGCAUUUUGUUAGAUAUAAACCAGCAGGCCGCUGAUAACAUUGGUGAAGCAGUGACAUUCACCCUCAUUGAGUGGGCAAAGAGUGAGCUUGCUGAGACGAUAGAGAAGAAUGUGACAAUGCGUGAGGAGGCGCUAUCGACAGCUGAUACUGGUGGUGGAGACAGUCCUUCGGCGCAGCCUGCAGCUGGGAAGAAGAAGGAAAAGAAGGAGCAACUCACCAAGGCGCAGAAGCGCCGGCUGGCAGAGAGAUUCGGUGCUAAUGCGGAGGAGCGGCCACGCGGUUGGAACUGGGUGGACGUUAUACGGGUAAGAAAACGCUGUUGUUGUUGUUGUUGUUGUUGGCAUGUGCAUGUAGGCUUGCAUGUGUGCCUUCAUGUGUUCUUGGUGGGGUGGUGAUGAUGGUGGUUGUGU